AGCCGCCAGCGGGUGAGGACACUUGAAAUCACCUUCUGAGCAACCACAGAAAGAGCACAGAUGGGACGGGGCAAGCCAGGAGGGACGCUCUUCCUAGCCACUUGGCUCAUCUUUCAGUCAGCUCUCCUUUGAAGAUAGCUAGCGGCUUUCUAGUUGUUUUUAUGUAAUCUUCAUUUUCUGUUUCUAAUUGUCUUGGUUGGGUUUAAGAUACAGGAAAACUCUCUCACAUUAGGCUGAACUGUGGAGCUACUUCGACAAGAGUGAGUAAUGUGCCAUCUUCUGGCCAGAUCAUGCAUUCGCAUGACUCUAAUGAUAGUCUUGUAUUGUCUUUAAUUGACAACAGGAAGAGCUGAAGACAGACCUGAAAAUUAAGGAAGAAAAAGACCUGAUGCAGGUGACUCAGGCCACAGCAGUAGCUGCACCUUGCCCCACCAGUGACGGCAGCUCCUCCAGCCCCUCCACCUUCACCUCCUGCUCCACCUGCUGUGCAACACCCUGUCCUGUCCACACCCACCAUACCUGCUGCUUCCAAGAGGAAGGGGGAAGAGGAAAAAGACUCAAGCUCCAAGUCCAAGAAGGAGAAAAUGAUCUCUGCUAAGGACACAAAGCUUUACUGUAUCUGUAAAGUGCCUUAUGAUGAAUCUAAGUUCUAUAUUGGCUGUGAUCUUUGUACUAACUGGUAUCAUGGAGAAUGUGUUGGCAUCACAGAAAAGGAGGCUAAGAAAAUGGUUGUGUACAUCUGUAAUGAUUGUAAAUGGGCACAAGAGGGCAGCAGUGAGGAAUUGUUCGGUAUCUGCAGAACACCUUUCGGAUCUUGUAGAUUUUUUAUUGGCCAUGAUCAGUGUCAGAAUUGGUACCAUAGGUGCUGCGCUGGCAUCUUGCAAAGUGAGGCCGAGCUCAUUGAUAAGUAUGUCUGUCCACAGUGCCAGUCAACAGAGGAUGCCAUGACAGUGCUCACACCACUAACAGAGAAGGAUUAUGAGGGGUUGAAGAGGGUUCUCUGUUCCUUACAGGCCCAUAAGAUGACCUGGCCUUUCCUUGAACCAGUAGAUCCCAAUGAUGCACCAGAUUAUUGUGAUGUUAUUAAGGAACCUAUGGCUGCUGCUUAUCCUCAGCAGUUCAUCCCCUGGACGGAGGCGGCCUCUCAGGACCUGGAGCAGAGCUGUAGGAAGCUGCCCUCUCUUAUGAAGAAGCCGUCCGGGGUGAGUGAAGUACAGGCGGUUCAUCUGGUACAGCCCGUCCCGAUCCACCGGCAGGGUGACCAGCCGAAUGCCCGCGCCCACUACGUCCACGUCGUGCACGAUCCCGUUCACCGCUGCUUCGAAAAAAAAGUUUGGAGAAGAGCACUACCCCCAGUUCCUCUCCCAGUCCCCGAGCGUUGGUUUAUAGCAACAGCGAAACGGCCCGCACGGGUCGGGCGCCCUGGGAUCUCGCGUGCAGGAUUCUCCGGGACUCGGAAAGGCUCGGCGACGGCGCGCGGCCGAUUGGGGUGGGCAGGGCCACCGGGGCCCUCGGCGGCGCGCGCGGGCGGCCAAGCGGCAGGGGAGCGUAGGGCCUGUGAGCGCGCGCGUCUCGGCGCGACCUCCGAUGGGAGCCUGCGGCGCGGCGACGCGCGGUUCUCGGCUUGCGCCAGGCGCGUACCUGUGGACGCGUGUGCUGCCUCACGGAAGCUGGCCUGGUUGUCCGCAGGCGGCGGGGGCUUUGGCGCCGCGGGUCUGGCCAGGCGCGGGCGGCGAGGGCGGUCUCCGCGUGGCCGCCGCGAGGCCUCGGGGAGCGUCUGCGCGCGGGGCCCCUGUGUGUCUUGCGCACUCGCGCAGCCGCGGGAGUCCGACUUCCUGAUGUGCGGCGGCAAGGCUGUGGGGAGAGAAGAGGAGAGGCUGGGAGGCCGCCUGGCAGGAGAAGCAGUGAGGGGAGACGGUCGGGGUGUGUACACCUGUCAGGAGGAAGAACCCAAGAGACCAACUGGCAACUUCCUUGAUAAUUUCUGGUAUUUUGAGUUUGAGUCUUCAGAUAAGAGUGCAGCCCCAGGCCACUGCUUGACUGAAACAUCCCGAGAGACCUGAGCAGAACCAUCCAGCUGAGUCCCUCCCAGAUUCCUGGCCCACAGAAAGUGUGACAUAAUAAAUGUUUUUUAUUUUAAGCUGCUAAACG